AUGGUCACGGCUCUUGAUGCUGUUCUCGUCUUGGGUAUGGCGUUUGAGCUCGGCGAACGUGUCAGCGACUUGGGCUGGAUCGUGGAGGGUGGAAACUGA